GAUAUGCAUGGACAAAAUGAAGUCGCAUUUCCGGUAAGAAACAUGCAUGAGCAAGGUCACCUUAGGUUAUGCUUUCGUGAAAGCUAUGCCUGAAUCCAUCGGGCACUUUGAAUGUUGGUAUAGAGCUCCUCUUUGGUCGCAGUGUUUCAUACUCUGAUUUGCGACCAUCAAAGUCAGUGGAAGACGCGGGACGGAGGAACGGGACCAUAGAAUGGAACUCGGAGCACAGGACAAAUACAUUCGGCAACGUUAAUGUGUCUUGGAAAAUAGUAUACAACGUUCGGAUGGGUAUAAAUGAUUGCAUGAUCUUCACUGCAGCACUCAAGUAAUCUCAUGUCGCCAGUAUCCACUAAACGAGUCCAUUGGGAGGACGACUCCAACCGCUACGCAGCACCGUCACCUUUCUAUGUGACGCUCCUCGUUAGCCCUACGCCUCCCUCACACCAGCUUCCCCAUUCACCAGCCUGGCCCCUCUCGUCUCCCAGACACCGGCUAUCACCUGCUCCUAGACCAUGUCUUCGACUUCGACCACCGUCGCCCUUCCCUCAAUCACCACCGCAAAGACGUUCGCAUCGGCCCACCAGUAUGCAGACGCCUCGACCCAGCACAGCUCCUCGAGCCCCUUCUCCCUCUCCACGACCACGGCGUCACUCUAUCUCGCAUCCCCACAACAGCCCGCGUUCACCAUACGCAUCUACGCGAAUUCCGCUCCCGUUCACGCGUCUCUCCAUUCACCGUGCCCUCCGUCUGGGGACUUGCCAGCCGAUCGACUUCUUUACCUCAAAUCGUAUCGCUCCACACCCUCUUAUAGCCUCUGAACCCGCGUCUAACCCACCUCUCGGGAGGGUGUUCAUCCUCGUUGAGAUAGACAGGGUCGAGAGGUUCAACGUCGAAGUCUACGCUGGCGGAGUGGGGUUCGUCACAGUGAAUGACGUGCUUGCACGGAUGCAAACUGUAUUACGAGAACGCCUCGAGCCUGGGGUGGCAGGCGGGUGCUAUAAGGAGAGGUGUGGUUGUGGCUGUCAGGCGCUUGUUGAUAGGAGGAGUGGUUUCACGACGAUGUUCGACGGCUUGAGCGUGAGGAGCAGCGGCGACCAUAACAAAUGGCGGGUACAUUUGAGGAGGGUAAGGUAUAGGGCAUAGACGAGGACGCCAGGGAAAGAAACAGAUCAAGCACAUUGUACACUCAACAGCAUCAUACGUAACCGGAAUGUACCAUCACUGUAGUAGUAGUAGUGGCAUCAUCGUCACAGCUUCUAAGGACGCUGUCAUGUCUUCAGCACAGAAACAAUUGUAAAGUA